UUCUCGCGCUCUAGCUAUUCCCUCGCAAAACCUCGCAGCUGAAGGACGUCCCUCGCCUCCUCUCCCAACCAGACCCUUCCAGUUUUUUUAGGCAAAAGUUUUGAAGUUUUCCUGUUUGUUUCAACAUUCUUCACUAGUUUGUCUAAAUCUACAACAAUCAUGCUCUCUGCUCACUCUCCAAACACCACCAACAACGUGAGGAACUUGACCACAAAGAUGCAAAAUACCGCGAUUGACGACAAAGAAAAUGGGGAUGUAUUCACCCAAAAGAACUCCACACUCAAACCAAGAGCUAUCCUCGGAGAGGUCCAGAAUUUACUGCAAGUGGAAAUCCCCUAUUCACAAAAAUUGAAAGAACAUGCAAAGUCAAAACUUGUCAAACAAGAGAACACAGGCAAAAGAGUAGUCUCCAAUAAGCGAGAGGAAGAACCUCUUCUAAGGGAGAACUCCCGACGCUUUGUCAUCUUCCCCAUCCAAUAUCAUGACAUCUGGCAAUUCUACAAGAAGGCGGAGGCAUCCUUCUGGACGGCCGAGGAGGUCGAUCUUUCCAAAGACUUGGACCAUUGGGCCAAGCUCACAGACAAUGAGAGGCACUUCAUCUCGCAUGUUCUUGCUUUCUUCGCUGCAAGCGAUGGUAUUGUCAAUGAGAACUUGGUUGAAAGGUUUAGCCAAGAAGUGCAGAUUGCAGAGGCGAGGUGUUUCUACGGGUUCCAGAUUGCAAUUGAAAACAUCCACUCAGAAAUGUAUUCAUUACUCAUCGACACAUACAUCAAAGAUUCAGCUCAGAGAGAUUACCUCUUCAAUGCCGUUGAGACCAUGCCGUGUGUCACCAAGAAAGCGCAAUGGGCGCUGGACUGGAUCAGUAGCGACAGCGCAGACUUUGGUACAAGGGUCGUUGCUUUCGCAGCAGUAGAGGGCAUCUUCUUCUCGGGUUCCUUUGCCGCAAUCUUCUGGCUCAAGAAACGAGGUCUGAUGCCAGGGCUUACCUUCUCAAAUGAACUCAUCAGCAGAGACGAGGGUCUUCACUGCGACUUUGCAUGUCUGAUGUUCAAGCAUCUCAACAACAAGCCAUCGGAAGCUCAUGUCCAGGGGAUCAUCAGGGAAGCGGUUAAGAUCGAACAGGAGUUCCUGACGGACGCUCUACCCUGCUCUCUCAUCGGUAUGAAUGCCGGCCUCAUGAAGACCUACAUCGAGUUUGUAGCCGACAGGUUGCUUGUUGAGCUUGACUGUAAAAAGAUCUGGAAUGUCGAGAACCCAUUCGACUUCAUGGAAAACAUCUCGCUGGAAGGAAAGACAAACUUCUUUGAGAAGAAGGUCGGUGAAUACCAGCUGAUGGGAGUUAUGAGCUCCACGAAGUCGAAGGAAAAGCAACACAAGUUCAGCUUGGACGAGGCCUUCUAGAAGGCAUUCUCAGGGAACUGAUGUAUUAAUAGACACUGAAAUUGGACACUUCUCAAUUGCUCGGCUUGAUGCAACCCAUGCGCAGCGACCUUGUGCCUUGCUCAGAACUCAUCUAUGCAGAAGAAGCUGCGGUUGGUGUGUGUCCUUGGCUGCAAGAUCAGCUAUCUAUAUUCUCCAGUCUGAACUGAAAGCGGGCAAGUCGGAAAGAAUUCAUG